AUGGCCGUGGCCACUGAGAGUCCCAUUGGUCCUGACACUUGGACGGGCUCAAAAUCACCGAAGAGCUUUGGAGAAGUUGAGGUGGCUGUAUUACAGGCCAUGGAGACUAAGAUCCCCAGCCAUGAUGUUUGGAGCAGCAUGGCGGAGGCGUAUAUCGAAAUCCCAGCCGUUGACAAAGGUGAGACGGGCACUCCCACCACAUCCGUGGACUCCCUGCCGGUCGUUGAGGAUCGCGGCAUCGACGCCUUGCCACGGCAUAUCGAUCUACUGCAGCUCAAUGAGUUGAAUUGGAACCAACUUGCUGGGCACCAGGAGUGGCGUACCACGUUGCACCUUCGCAAUCUCACUUGGAAGUUGUGCGACGAAGGAACGCUACAGACCUUUCUUGAGAGGAGCGGUUUGAUGGAAUCCAUUGAAAAGAUUCGGGUGAAGCCCGGAAUUGGCCAACGAUCUGGUUCAGCCCCCCUUCGUGUAAAAACCGUUGAGGAGGUUGGCAAGGUCGCGAAGUUCUUCCAUGGGCGGCAGUUUCCAGGAGCUCGUUCACCGGUGGCGGUGAGUUUUGCACACAGCCACUGCAGGGCUCCAGAUCCCUUUAAGGUUCCACAACCGAGCUUUGGCGAUCCGUAUCGAGUGGAGUGUGAACAUUUGUCAGAUGAACCCUUGACUCUUCCUCCUGGCCUUUGAGGAUGUUCCGAUUUGCAAAUUUUCUUUGGUGUUUUUGGUGAACGUAUGGAACGUUGCCUGGUCGCAGCGGCGCCCAGGUUCGUACGAGUUUCCUUUGGAGACAGCGGAGGCAAUGAGAACAUCCCAGGCUUGAUCUGAUAUGUGGAG